ACUGAAGCUUCUCUAGGUAUAUAUAUAACCUCUACUUCCCAUUCCGGCUAACGGGCAAGGCAAUAACGACAGAUGCUAAGGUUUGAGGCUGUGGGUAAGCUGUGAAGAAGAGAAGUUGAGUUCAUCACCUCAAUAAAAAAUUGCUGCAAUUUGUCAAAUAAUACUUAUUAAUUUACUGUAUGACUAUGACCCAAUCUUUAUUCCUGCGUAUAAUUUAACUUUAACUAAUAAAUUAGAAUAAAUUGCAGACAAUCGGCUCAGCCGCUGAGGCAAGAAAUAUAGUACAAGAAAUGGGGGCUAUAUCCAUAUCCAUGACUACGGGUUUGAAAGAAGUAGCAGGCAGCAUUUCCAUGGAAUCUAUAAUCCAUUUUUCAUAGGCCAAUUAAGCAAAGGUGUGGCCCAUCUAUAAUUCUGAGUCUCGUGCUUUGAUCAUACAGGAAACCUAGCUGACGACAAAUGGCAGAAACCAUUGUGCAGAGCCCGGAUUAGAAGCAGUCCAAGUACGCAAGAAGCGCGUUACAGUGAGGCCGGCCUGGGCGGCAAGGGCCUCUUUUUCCUCGUCUUUUGUAAUGAUUUGCAUAACUAUCAAGGGAUUCAAGUCAACGCCAAACUUCAAAUUUGUUUUAAUUACCUUUUUAACAUGUUCAGCCGAUAUGUUUUCAAGCCCUAGAAUUUGCAAAACUUGUUAAUUGAGGGGGGACUGAUGGGUCAUUUUAGAUAGGCCGUCCCAUUGUCUUGGCGCCAACGCAAAAUUAGGUAUUGCUGUUAAUAUCAUUCCAUUGGCCUCCAUUUCAACUUCAAUCCCUCAAAAUCCCACACCAAAAACCUCUCUUAGAACUUUUCUACUCAACAAAAUCGCUACCAUUAGGCACUAGCACCACGGCACUACCAUGAAUACCGCCACUACAUCAUCCCAAAUCCUCUAUCACACCACCGCUUUCACCUCCGAAACUUCACAAUCUGAGCUCCGCCACCACAUUUUCUCCAUCCUUCGCCGCAACCUUUUGCCCUCUGAUCAACUCAUACUUAAACCCUUAAACCUUGCAGCUGAAACUCUAGAAAACGCCAUUUCCACAUCUAAUGCCUCCAUCCAAUCCUCCUCUUUCUGCCCUGCUCAGCAGCUCCUCCUUUCCUAUCCUGAAACUGCAUUCUCUUCGUUCCUUCUAUCCCUCAUUUACACUCUCUCCAACCAACCCAUCAAAUCCUCCCUUAGUCUCCUACAACUUUUCUAUCUAGACCCUUCAUUGGCUAGAUCAGAACUAGCACCUACCCUUUUCGAGGAGCUCUUUCUUAUUCAUUUUCUCCCUCUUCUUCAAUGGUUCAAUGAACAAAGAUCAAUCAUUUUGUCAUCUUCAUCACAAAAUGCGAAUCAUGAUGCUGAUGAUUAUUCCAUAUGCGAUGUAUCAGUCAUCGUUCCAUGCUUGAAAUUGUUAUCUAAAAUAAGUGGUGAUCAAGCUUCAGAGCUAAAAGAAUUGGAAAGAAAUUAUGGAGAGGUUCUUGAUGAGAAAUUGAGAACUAACUGCAUAACUUUUGUUAAGUAUUUCAAAGAGGCUUUAGAAAAUAGUGAUGGCAACAGAUUGAUUAGUCUACCAGCUUUGGUGUCGAAACAAACGGAGAAAGCUGAGGAAGUAGACAACCAUGAAGAUAUGAACAUUAAAACCAAGGAACUUGGAUUGAAACACGGACGGUAUAAUCCAAUAUGGGGUGAAGGAGAAAGGUCAGUUGAAUUUUAUAGCAGCAGCAGCAGCUGCAAAUCCAAGUCUCCACCAUUUUAUCCUCAGAGAGUCUCUCUAGAUAUCCUGAGAAAACAAAAUUCUAGGACAUUGACAACAUCUUCCUAUUUAAAUUCUGAUUCAGAACUGGAGUCUGUUUCCAAGAACAAUUCAGCCAAUUCUUGUUCCUCGGAAUCCGAAGCUGAGAUUGAGGAAAACAACAAAGAAAUUGCAUUGUUGGAAUACGGAAAGAGCCUAACACAAGAACAGAGGCAACCUGUCUUAGCUGAUUCCAGCCACUCUCCUCGUUAUCUAAUGGCAGAUAAUGGUAACCCCCCCGGCAGUGGGAAACAUACACAUCCCCCUAAGGAUUUUGUAUGCCCCAUCACAAGCAAUUUAUUUGAUGAUCCUGUCACCCUUGAGACAGGUCAGACAUAUGAGCGUAGAGCAAUCCAGGAAUGGCUGGAUCGAGGAAACUCAACAUGUCCAAUUACCCGCCAGAAUCUACAUAGCACUCAGCUGCCUAAAACAAAUUAUGUACUUAAGAGGCUGAUCGCAAGCUGGCUAGAAAAGAAUCCAGGUCCAGUCCCACAUCAGUCUGAGAAUCAUCAAGAUGCAGAAACUAAGCCAAUGAUCAAGUCAGUAGUUCCUGCAACUUCUCCUACUAGUGUCAUAAGUCAAGCCACCAUGGAUAGAACUAUCAAUGAGUUGCGCCAAGCGAUUACCAAUCUAUGUAUGUCUGAAAGUCUGAAGGAGACAGAAAGGGCUGUUCUCCAAAUAGAGAGGUUUUGGCAAGAAAUGAAUAUAGAACCUGAUAUCCUAAAUAUGCUCUCAAAACCUCCGGUAAUCAAUGGGUUUGUGGAGAUCCUUUUCAAUUCUGUCGACCUCCCGGUGCUGAAAGCAGCCCUUUUUCUCCUGUGUGAACUGGGGUCAAGAGAUGAAGCUGUGAUCCAUACACUUACCCGAGUUGACUCUGAUGUAGAACGUAUUGUGGCUCUAUUUAAGGAAGGGUUGGUGGAGGCAGUUGUGUUAAUAUAUCUGUUACGACCUUCAAUCACUGGCCUAGUGAAGAUGGAUAUUGUGGAAUCCCUCCUAGCAGUUAUAAAGGAGAAAGACGACGAGUUGGUUAAAAUGUGUUUGAAGCCAAAAACAGCUUCUGUUCUCUUAUUGCGACAAAUUCUUCAAAGUAAUGAAGAGGAUGUUGCAUCUUCAAUUAUCAGUACGAUUUUUUCUUCAAAAGUGAUAGAAAGUAUUGUUGUCAGCUCAGGAGCUGAAUGGGCAGUUGAAAGGAUUGCAGCAGUUGGUAUCUUAAGAAGAUGCAUACAAGAAGAUGGUAAAUGCAGAAGCAUCAUAGCCGAUAAAGCUCAGUUGGCUCCAGUUUUAGAAAGCUUCAUGGGCGCAAGCAAUGAAGAACGAUUUGAGAUAGUUUGCUUUUUGUCUGAGUUAGUCAAAUUAAAGAGGAGGACAUUCAAUGAGCAAAUUCUCAACAUUAUCAGGGAUGAAGGCGCUUUUAGUACAAUGCACACUCUCCUAGUUUAUUUACAGACCGCACUCCUAGACCAAUGUCCUAUUGUGGCUGGUCUCUUGCUCCAAAUUGAUCUUCUGGCUGAGCCAAGAAAAAUGAGUAUAUACCGUGAAGAGGCAAUAGAUACCCUUGUUUCAUGCCUCAGAAAUUCAGAAUUCCCUGCUGCUCAAAUUGCAGCUGCAGAGACAAUUGUAUCACUGCAGGGAAGGUUCACUGGCUCUGGGAAGCCCCUUACACGACCUUUUCUUCUAAAACGUGCCGGACUCGAGAAAAAUUACAGAAAGCUCAUGCGGAUGGAGCAGCUACACAAGAAUCCCGGAGACUUGGAAGAUAUAUCCGACGAAGAGAAGGCAGCUGAUGCUUGGGAAAGAAGAACGGCAUUUGUUUUAGUAAGUCAUGAAUUCGGUCUGGUUUUUGAAGCUCUGGCAGAAGGGCUGAAGAGCAGAUCUGCAGAGUUAUGUUCGGCGUCCUUUGUAGCAGCAACAUGGCUAGUAUACAUGCUCAGUGUUAUUCCAGACACAGGAAUAAGAGGAGCAGCCCGUGUCUGCCUACUCAAGCACUUUAUAUCAAUAUUCAAGUCUGCAAAGGACAUUGACGACCGAACUCUUUCCUUGUUGGCUCUCAAAAGCUUCAUUCAUGACCAAGAAGGACUGCGUGAUCUGACUUCCUAUUCGAAGGACAUUUUGAAAGUUCUAAGAGAGCUUAGGAAAUCCUCCCCACUGGCAUUUGAAAUUAUGAAACUUCUCUCUGAAGGACAAGAUUCCAGUGCUGACUUAUGGAAUCACAAAGAAUUAUUUCAAGUAGACUCCAGUGGAAAUGGAGACGUAUUGUCAAUUGUUAGUUUCAAAGACAAAUUCUUUUCAGGCCAUUCAGAUGGAAUUAUAAAGGUCUGGACCAGUAAAGGCAGCACUCUUCAUCUUGUCCAAGAAAUUCAAGAACAUAGCAAGGCAGUUACAAGCUUGUAUAUUCUACAAUCUGGAGAGAGAUUAUACAGUGGUUCACUUGAUAAAACAGCAAGGAUCUGGUCCAUUGGCAAUGAACUAAUACAUUGUGUAGAAGUACAUGAUAUGAAGGAUCAGGUUCACAACUUGGUUGUUGCCAAUAGCAUUUCAUGCUUCAUUCCCCAAGGAGCUGGGGUCAAGGUUCAUGGAUGGAAUGGACAAUCAAAACUAUUGAAUCAAAAUAAACACAUCAAGUGCUUGGCUCUUGUACAUGGAAGAUUAUAUUGUGGAUGCCAUGAUAACGGUAUCCAGGAACUUGAUUUGGCGUCAGGAACACUCAGUACCAUUCAAACUGGUUCUAGAAAAUUACUAGGCAAAGCACAUCCUGUCCAUGCACUCCAGGUUCACAACGGACACGUAUAUUCAGCCAGCACUGCCUUGGAUGGAGUAGCUGUGAAGAUUUGGAGCGCUACAAAUUAUAAUAUGGUAGGAUCGUUGCCAACUACUUCAGAAGUGAGGUCCAUGGCAAUAAGCUCAGAGCUGAUAUACUUGGGAUGCAAAGGAGGAAUUGUGGAAGUUUGGGAUCAGAAAAAACAAACUAGAAUUGAAACACUGCAAACAGGAACUAAUGGUAAAAUUGCUUGCAUGACUCUGGAUGCUAAUGAAGAAGUUUUAGUUAUCGGAACUUCUGAUGGCAGAAUUCAGGCAUGGGGAUUGAGUUAAACGCUUGAAAACGUGGAGAAAGGAUGCUGUAAACUAUGGGGAAGAGAACACAUUGCCUACGAAUUAAUAGACUUGUUUACUAAUUUGACAUAUGCUUUGCACCAUUCAAAUAACCAUCAUUGGAAACCCUGGAAGAAGAAAAAAAAACCAGUGAAAGUUGUACAAAAUUCAGCUCAACCUAAAUUGUUAGUUGUCAUUCUAUGAAUUGACUUUGCACCAAACUGAAUUGUAAGUUUUGGAAACAAUUAAUAAUUGUUUAGAAUUGUAUAUAUAGAUGAACAUUAAUAUACAUUUAUCCGAACCCUUAGCAUUAUUGGAGGAAAUUCUGACAUUUCAGAAAAUGGCA